AUGCGAACGGCUGAACCUCGCACUCUCCCUCAGCCUAACAGAGACGCAAGUGAAGAUCUGGUUCCAGAAUCGGCGUACCAAAUGGAAAAAGCAGAAUCCCGGCAUGGACGUCAACUCGCCCAUUUCGCCUCCAGCAUCAGUGACCAACGGGGGGAGUUUCCCUGGCUUUCCAGGACACCACGCGCACUCUGGACUCAUGUAUUCCCAUCACGUACCGUACGGUGGCGUCUACCCCCUUCACCAAGCCACUGGAUCAGGAGGUUACGCGCCGUACUUCCAUCUUGCCAAUCAUGGGCAUAG